UGUGCUGGACCUGUGUCGUGCGUAGCCUCGUCAAAUAUGUUUAGCGCCCUGUGUCUAUCUGAUCAAGGAGAAACUGUGACCUACGAAGUAUGAGAAAGCCAAGGAAAACUCCAUCGAAGCAAUUGGCGAAGGAGCUCGGCACAUCACCGCGACGUACGGAAACGAAGCCUCUCUCAGGGAUAACGUGAAGCCGACGAUCGAGCACCAUGUCGUCGGAAAAAAGCCUCGACACCGCCGACUGCGUCGUCUUUGGUGUGCUCACCGCUGUAGGUUACAUCGUCGGGAUAUACUUCUCAUUUUCCCGCCGACGGCAGAAGCUGGCUUCCAGCGAUGGUGAUGUACCCAGCGCAGAUUUCGAAGCAUUCCUGGGUGGCCAGAGCCUCCCGUCCGUAGCUCUGGCCGUCUCCGUCGUGGCGUCCGUGGCGAACGGCAUGAACGUGGUGGGAUUCGUGGGUCACUACUACGCCUACGGUUUCCACGCGCUGUGGAUUCUGGCGGGAACGGCCUUUGCGACCACGUUUGCGGUGGUUGUGAUGAUUCCGUUGCUCUACAGGCUCGGCGUGGCAUCCAUUUUUCAGUAUCUUCGAAUGCGUUUCGACAACAAAGUCGGAAUCACAGCAAGCCUCGUCUACUUCGUACUCAGUCAAACACUUGGUGCUGUGGGAAUCUACAGCGCUGCGAUUGGAUUGGCUACGAUGCUCUCAGUUCCACUUUUAUAUUCCAACAUUGUUAUUGGUGUUGCGGGAACAAUAUACACAGCUUUGGGUGGUCUUCGUGGCGUCGUCUGGGCGGACUGUGUGCAAGCGCUUGUUAUGUUCAUAGCGCCAGUUGACAAUUAUUGCGAAGGUCAUUUAUGACUCCGGUCAUGUGGAACCACCACUGAGAUCCAUGAGCGAUCUCAAUGUGACGGAGUACAUGUUCAGGGCAGACUUGGAUUUGACACUAGACGAAAACAUAUGGAGCUGUUUCAUCGGAGGUCUGCCGUAUAUUUUUGUUCGAGUCGGCUUCGACCAAAUGGUUGUGCAGAGAUUUAUGGCAGCAAGGUCGGAAAGGGACGCCAAGAGAAUAGCUGUCGUCAGUUCUGUGUUCGUGGUGUUCUUCUUCUUCCUCGUCGGAGUGGCUGGCGGGACCAUAAUUUAUUGGUACAGAGACUGCGACCCUCUGCUGUCUGGAGCAAUCAAGAGCUAUGAUCAGGUCGUGCCUUACUACUUAAAAGAGAGCCUUUCCGAGGUCACAGCAAUGCGAGGCCUAUUUCUCGCGGGUCUCUUGGGUGCUACCACAAGCACAGUCUCAUCGGUAGUCAACUCUCACGCAGCUACAUUUUACAUCGACGUUAUCGCACCAUACUACAAGCUGUCGGAGGAGAAGGCGUUGAUUGUAAUGCGACUUCUCGCAUUUGCGAGCGGUGCAAUCAUGACACUGUUUGCAAUCGCAGUGCCGGCACUGGGAACAGCAACUCGGCUGUUCCUGAACUUCUACGCCUCCGCAUCGGGCCCGUUCUCUGCGCUGGUCAUUCUGGCCGUCACGAGUCCAUGGGUGAAUUCAAAGGGCGCAGCUUGGGCAAGCUUGGUCGUUUGCGCAUUCCAGAUCUGGCACGCGGUGGGCAGGAGCAUGUCCAGCGUGGCCAAGCCACCCGUAUUUCCUGGGACGCUGGACAGGUGCCCCGCGCCGGAAAACAUCACGGCUGAAGCAGCCAGGAAUCUGUACAACGCAGACGGACAGAGCGCCUACGUCUUCCCGCUGUAUCGGCUGUCCUUCUUUUGGAGUUCCUUCUUCGGCGCCCUGAUGACCAUAACGCUUGCCGUGGUGCUCAGCUUCGCAACAGGUGGUAUACAAAGGGCCCGAAAGAAGUUACGGUUCACCAGUCCUCUAUUUACGGAAUUCUGGAAAAAAUUUAAGCUGAUCGGUGAAGAAUAUGAGGUGGUGAGUGCACCAAGGACAUUGAACGGCGUCGUCGUCUCGAAGAACAGGUCUGACGACGAUGAGCGAACGAAGCUGGGCACCGAGCUGACUCCGGUGUAUAAAGAGCGCACGAGCAGCGACCGUCGCCAUUGCAAAACGCCUCAGAGUGCCCAACGUAACGGAAGAAGCAGUUGA